AUGAGCCUCGUUCAGCCUCGUGCCAAGACACCUCGCGAGCCAAGUACCGAGGAUUCCUCCAGCCCUUGCGCGGGUGAGAAGGAUAAGGUUUCUGCGCAACGGCGUCCAUGGACCAUAGCUUGGACAAGGCGGCGCGGCGGACUCGACAAGAGCAAAGAGGACUUGACUUGGUGGUCUAGGGCAAGGAACAACGCACGGCGGCGUGACGACUGGGUGACUACUGCAUGGCCCAUCCGUUGGCGACCGACAACGUUCCAUGUUCCUUCAGCCCCAGACAGCGGUCGACUUGCGAUUUUUGCCAUCCCCCGAUGGGCUAGGCUCAUCCCUCUCCGUCCACCCCUUGCUCCCCAUUCCCUGGCCCACUUUUCUUGCCAGGAUCCCGAAACCCAUGCAACCACUUCCAACUCACCAACUCGCCCCACUUGCUCACUCGCCAGCUGGUCCGAUGGACUCCAUUUGCCAGCCAGUGCUUUGGCACAAGGUCUGUCGACGAGUUUCGACGCCUGGGCUUCGAUUGCCUCCGUUCGAUUCAAUCAAUCCCUCGCCUCCAUUGCCAGUCGGUCGGACCUCAUCUCAACGCCUCCCUCGACCGUUAACCGUGGCUGGAUCCGGAAAUCCCCGUCUGCUUGUUCCCGACCGACGCCGAUCCUGUCGACAUUUUUCACGCGACGAGUACUCUUCAAAUCCCUCGAUCCAAGGCUGUUUCAAAAAUAUUCUGCUCUCGAUAUCCCCAACGACCUUCUCGUGGGGCUCGCGUCACCAUCCGACGACAAGCGGCUGAGUGCCGCUGGCCCUGCUCGAUUCCGGGCAACCGAGUCCCGACGAAACGGAUACGCAGUCGACGGAUUGCGCCCUAACCACGCCGCCAUGCGCUCUGGGGAUGGAAAUGCAAGGUCUGGGAGCAGGCGUUCCGCCGGAGGGUCCAUACGCCUGCUGGAGGACGACGACUACGAUUUGACGGCUCAUGCCGUCUCGGACGGGUUUCGUCCAACGGCCUCGAAUGGCGCUGGUGUCGAUGGUGCCGAUGGUGCCGACGAUGCUAACGGUGCUGCGUCGAUUUCAACCCCCUCGUCACAGGUCCCGCGAUUUCAAUAUCCAGGUCUUCCUCGUUCGCCGCCGCCUGUCGGCCCGUCUCCUCUGAAAACGUUUGAUCAUCGGCCAUCAAGCAUGUCGAAACCUCCACGUCACCACGACUCCCUGACUCUACGGAAUGACGGCUUGGUUCAGUCUCGGCCCAGCGAGCCAUGCUCCUCUUCGAGCAGCUCAAUGCAAAGUGAUGCUCCGUACCAUGGCUCUGUUCAUCCAUCUCAUCCUUAUCAGAUGUAUCCUCAGAGGACGUGUAGCAACGCCACGUCCUCGACGGAACGUUUGACUAGCGAGGAUGCCUACAGCGGACGACGGGAACCUGCCCACCCGUACGCAAUGUACGCCCAGGACACCGCUUCCCACCGAGACCCAAGCCGGCAGCCCAUGCUCGUCGGGUUCAACGGCAUGGGGGAUGGGUACCGCAGACAACUCGGACCCGACGGCGAGGAAGCCGGAGACUUGAUAGGACCCCUCGGUCACAUGGAAGAACUUCCACCGUACACAAGAUACCCCCAAGAAGCAUUCGCCGACAAGCCGACGACCGAACCAAUCGACCACCUCACGGUGUCGACAGUCACUGACAGAAACUCAACUGCAGCUCCGGGAGCGGAUCGUAUAUCGCCCACUGACCCGAUUCCUGGCGCCGGAGGCAUCGGCCUCGCCACGCGGAAUCCUGAAUUUUCCUCCACGGAGGAUUUGGCGAGCCUGCCUCUCAGGGCUAGUUCCAUUCGCAGUGCAACUUCCGACGGAAGCCAGCAUGACAUCAAUGGCGCAGCCCGGGACUUUGCUGAAAAACCCACACAGAGCAAGUGGCAGCGAAGGGCGCGGAAGAGGCUGUGCGGAAUCGUGCCGUACUGGGUGAUAUGUUUGCUGCUGUCUGGCAUUGUUAUUCUGGGAGUCGUCAUGGGAACCGUCAUCGGGACCAUGGUCACGAGACACAGUGGUUCGCCAACCCCCAGUGACCGAUCAUUCGCAAAACCACCCGUCACAAACAGUGUUGAAUUCUUGGCCAGCAAGCCUCCAGACCUCCCGGCUUUGGCCACUGGUUGCUACGCCUUGCCUCCCUUGGAAAAAUACCAGGUACCCAAAGCUUGCAUCAAGGACUCUUCCCAAACACCGGCUUGGAGUUGCGACAUGCCGUUCCGCUGGUAUUCGAUGAAUGUCAGCAACCAGGACAACCAGCCAGACUUUUCCAACUAUGCCCUGAAACUGGCCCCGUUCGACGCCAGAGUGUCCAAGUUUAUCUGGGGCUCGCAGCCACCCGAGAUUCCCGAAUUCAAAACCCUCCGUCUUGUCAAGGACAUGGAAGAAGCAAACCGCGGGCCAGCCUGGUACCUCGAGGUCGACUACAACAAGACCGUCAUGGUGCGGGAAGGCCAGCUCAAGCCUGCCAGCACUGGAGCCUCCAAGAGGAACUGGGAGGCGCUCAGCAGCCCGGUCCCGGGAUUCGACAAAUCCCGCUAUCUCAGGAAGGGCUUCGCAGCCGCCGACGGGGACAAACCCUGGAUCUGCACCUGGCCGAGGAUCAAGCUCCAGGUCUUCAUCUAUCCCAACCAGACCUUCACCCCGCCCAGAACCAGCUCGGCGUCUGGAUCCGUAGCCACAGGCUCACCGUCAUCAACAGACGGGCCGUCUCCGCCCAGGAAGGAGCCCUACCCCAAGCUGGUGAAAUUCGUCGAGCGUCGACCGGACGGCCUCGCCGCCUCCGCGCCCGCGACGUGCACUCAGUAUCAAAUCGUCAACAACGGCCAGGACAAGGUCCCUAUUCUCGACGACAACGGGCGUCCCGUCGUCAUCAAGAUCAGCGAAGUCGGCCAGAGCUCCAAAGAUGCCGUCACGCGACGCCAAGUCAACCCGGGCGCCGGGCUCCUUUCGUCCCUGCAAGACAGAGACGUGGAGCUGACGCCUUGCGGAUGCGUCUCAUUCUCCUGGUCUGUGUAA